AAAACAAAAGACAACUAUAUAAAUAAAUCCUGUCACUUUGACGUUUCAAGGUUAGAUUAGAAGCAAUGAAAAAUACGCGAUACUCUAAUCACUUAAAAUUUGCAAAACAAUGUGAUUUGCUCUAAUCGCGACAAAAACUCCGUGCGCACUAAUAAAUACAUAUCAAUAAUGGGUUAGACAUGUCGCUUAGUCGGAAACUGUUUAUUUACACAAAUAAAAUACCGAAAACGACUGGUUUUUUAGAUAUAUAAUGUAACGUAAACAAUGCGCUCUAAAUGUCUGCUAUUAUUUCUAAUUUGUUUAGUUGGAGUUACUAUUUUAUUUAUUACCGUCAGUAAUCAGCAUCCUGCAAUACAAAAUUUAGUUACCGAAACACAUAAACAAUUAAGAAGCUUCCAGGAAAAUCUGAAAGAUGUCGAAGAGAAACGUCUGGUAACAGAUUCAAAGUACCUCGCACUUUUGGGGUUAGACAAACAAACGUCUUCAGGCGCAACAAUAACACUACCAACAACUCAAAACAACAUAACAAUAGUAACCGUACUGCGGCCUGGAAAUGAACUUAAUUUCUACGGAUUUUUGAAAAAUGUUACGCAUUUUUUGCCAAAUAAUAAUAUUGUUAUUUACGCGUUAAGUUUAGGCGAAGAUACUCUACAAAAUCUUCGAGGUUAUUGCAACUCAACAAGAUGCAUAAUUUAUACUUUCGACUUGGAUCCGUUUCCUAAUCAUAUUGAAGAUGAUAGAUUACAUGCCUAUCGGCCUCUAGUCAUACAGACAGCAUUAAAUACGCUAGGUAAUAUCUUGUAUAUGGAGUCAAAUGUACGGAUAAAUAAUACCGAUGUAGUUAAGUAUUUAUUACCAAAGUACGGAAUACUUACGUGGUCAACAAAACACGCUAUUAGUUCAUUAACGCACCCGAAGAUGUAUGAGUACUUUCAUAUGAAUGCUGAGAGUUUCUUCUUCCUACCGCUGAUACACGCCUCCCACAUUGUCAUUAAAAAUAGUUUUGAUGUUCAAGAAGAAAUAAUGCUGCCUUGGGUUCAAUGUGCACUUACCAGAGAUUGUAUCAGUCCUAUAGGAGCGCAAUCAGUAGGAUGCCGAUUUAAUAAGAAGCCUCAGUAUCGUUAUUCAGGUUGCCAUUCCUACGACGAAUCGGCAUUGAAUAUAGUUCUUGGUCGGUACUUUAACCUUGACGAGUCGCGUUACAUUAGUCAAGAACGCGAGUCUUGUUUUGUUGAAAUAAAACCAGACGAAAUAACUGAAGAAUAUUUAUUGAUAACCAGGCUGAACAACACCACCGAGAUAAACCUUAAAAACAUCCUCGUCGAACCUUAAUAUAAUAUAAUUAUUAAUUAAUAAUAAUAAAAGUCCAAAUAACUUACAAGCCAAUUAAAUAUUUAUUAAUUAUAAAUAAUAAAUUAAUUUUUAAAAAUA